UAAAACACAUACAAAAAUACAAAAUGCUUUACCUAAACGACAACCGUGUCAAUGUGAGCUUGGAAGGAGAUGUGAUGACUAUUGCAAGUGAAGAAAAUAAUUUACUUGCGUCUAUCGAGAUACGGUAUCUGUUAAAAUCUGUAUUGGAACGUACAAAUCUAACUGUGCAUUAUGUGAUACAGAAGAAAAAUAUGAAUCUUAAAGUGAAAACUUUGGUUCUUCAUGGAGAUGCAGAGGAUGCACAAAUAUUGCAAAGUGAAAUCGAUCACAUAUUAAAAGAUCGACCAAGGAGGCUUUUAGUAAUAAUCAACCCAAAUAGUGGUAAGAAGAAAGGAAUACAAAAAUACAAAAAAGUUGCAGCUCCUUUAUUUCAACUCUGUGGCGUGAAAGCUGAUAUCAUUGUAACUAGAAAACAAAAAGAGCCUACGGAUAUCCUGAAGAACUACAAUCUAUCGAAUAUUGACGGUAUAGUAACAGUAGGUGGUGAUGGUUUAUACUGUGAGUGUAUGAAUGGACUAAUUACACGGGUUCAACGAGACAACAAUGUGAAUGUGAAUUGUCACAAUACUGACAUUGUGUCAGCAUCACUCCCCAUUGGUAUCAUCCCAGCAGGCUCUGGUAACGUGAUUGUUCAAUAUCUUCAUGGGACUAAAUGUGCAAGCACUGCUGUUCUCCAUAUCUUACUUGGUGGCAACGUCGAGUCCAACGUUUGUAGUGUUCACGAAGGAGGCAAACUUUUGUCAUAUUCGGCACUGAUACUUGGAUUUGGACUGUUUGGUGAUAUGAUGCACGACUGUGAGAAGUUUCGGUGGAUGGGACCGUUGAGAUAUAAUGUUGUCCCUGUGGCUUCAAUGUUAAAGAGAAGGGAAAUUGAUGUGGAGAUAGAAUAUUAUUCAGCUAACAAGGAUAAAGCGACAAAAAUAUUUAAAGGAUUAGGAAAACAAGUAUCCCUUCCAAAUGGCUUCAUGAUACCUUCAUGUAAAUCAAAAAUACAACGAACUAAAUCCACACCAGGUGUACUCGACAGUUCAGAUAUUCAAGAAUGUGAAAAAGAAGAAGGACGUGUGUAUGCAGUAGAUACACAUGCCGUUAUGAUGAAAGAAAAAUCAGGAAGAAUGACUCCAAGUUUCGGACAAGAUUCACUUAUGGUGUACACCACACAUAAAUGUACAUUGUCAGACCAUGUGUCACAGCUAACCAAAGUAAAAAACGAACAAACCGAUUGUUAUGAUUACAAAUUUGUAAGCAAACACGAAGUUUCUAGUUAUAAAGUCCGAUUGCUGAAUGCUACAGUUUCUGAAAAUACGAAAACCCUUCAAAAGGAUUUCUACCUGAACUGUGAUGGUGAGGUCAUUAGAUUAACAGAGCCUGAGUUUGAUGUAAAGCUACACAAGAAAGCAGUGAGGAUCUUUGGAAACGCUUUCGGAUGAACAUCAGUAGACAAGUAAAUGAACAAAUGCCACCAAAGCAUUGGGAUAUCUGUUCAGAAAAUUCCGCCGUGUACCUCAAGAAAAGAAAGCGUUCUAAAGUCUCGAAUGAAACGUGUAUGUCAUUAAAGAGUAUUUUUAGAGACAAUACAGAAUCGAGGUUUGCUCAGAGCCGAGGAAAGAUCGACAUGGAGUAGAUGUUACUUGAGAGUAUUUAUGAGCCUCCUAAACUAUGCACAACUAUACGUUGAUAUGAAUAGACGUGGACCAAUACCGAUCCAUAGUAAUGAUGAAAACAUAAGACCACGUGGACAUAAUCUAACUGUAACUGCUAUGCAGCUUGUUAUAAUUUGUAAAUUAGAAACAUGACGAUUGUGCUAGUAGCAACUAUGUUGUUUUACGUGUUUCUACUAUGUAGGUUGUAGAAAUUAAAUAAAAAAUCAGAAAAAAUAAUCUGUAU